AUGUUCUCUCCAGGUUCUCCAUAUGAUGCUAUGACUACCUCAUCGCAAUCAUCUACCCGAAAGCUUAUUCCUUUUAAGAACCAAACGAGCACUACAAAUCAACCCCCUGUUGAAUUAUUCCCACUCAGUUUUCAAGAUGAAAAUAAAAAUAAAAAUGUUACAGAAAAUAAAGACCAACCGAAUAUACCAAAUAUAAGUUAUGAAGAAUCAAGUGAAGAACUCAAUGAAUUUGUGGAGGAUGAAACCAAUGAGACUUCGGAGUUAACUUCUUUGGAAGAGUUUGGUCAAUUUUUAGAUAUAUGGAUUGAAAUAUCGACAAGUAAGAUUGAAGAAAUUACACAAAUAUAUGAAGAUGAAGAAGAGAUACUUACUUCGGAGGUUGAGGAUAUUGAUCAUCUGGCAGUAGAUCCAAAUUCUAAAUAG